UUCUGUCAAAUCAUUGCUUCCCCUCUUUCUUCUUUCACUACUGCCCAGACUGGCAGUAUCCCUUCUCCAAUUUUCAUUCGGAAAAUAUUGAGGAUAAAAAUGGAGCACCCAUUUUUUCCAACGACCACCACGAGGGCGGAAGCGUUGCGGUGGCUGACCAUCGCGGAGAAGCUUCUUUCGAAGCGUGACCUGAUGGGGAGUAAGUCGUUUGCGACCCGGGCGGUUGACUCUGACCCGACCCUAUUACCUGCUGACCAGAUUCUAGCUGUGGCUGACACGCUCCUCUCCGGCGACCGGCAGAUCGGGAACAACCUGCAGGACUGGUAUUCGAUUCUUCAGGUCUCUCCUCAGCAGGGCCAUGACCAGGAGCUCGUGGCGUCGCAGUACCGCCGCCUGGCUGUCCUCCUAAACCCACAGAAGAAUAAGUUCGCAUUUGCUGACCAGGCCUUCCGCCUCGUGCUGGAAGCCUGGACUGUGCUUUCCCAUCCUUCGAAGAAAGCUCUGUACGACAAGGAGCUAGCUUUCUAUAUGCAGCCGCAGCCCGAAUCAUUUAACCCCGUGUCUCUGCCUCGGGAACAUUUGAGCAUCCCCACAUUGCAGCAAAACUUCAUUUUCUUCGGGGCUAAUAGUGCUGGUAGUGUGAAUAAUCACUCUCACACUCCUCAACCACGUGUUCAUGGUGGCAGCAGCGGCAGUGCUGCGACUCAUUUCCAUCAACUGCACGUACAUGCGCAACCGGUCGACCCGGUGGCUUCUGGGGGAAUUCGAGAACAAGCAAUGUCGACUCAAGAACCCUUGAAUAAGCAGCCACCGGAAAACUACCCUUCUUUCACUGGUAAUGUACCUUCUGUUUCUGGGUCAAAUCUUAAUGUGCAUGCCAAUGAGAAUGUGCAAGAUGCGAGAGGAGAUGAACAAGAUGUGGAGAGGAUGGUUACACAGGAGGAGGAGGAGGAGGAGAGAGUGGAUGUACCCUCAAAUGACAGUGGCUCUACUUUCUGGACUGCUUGUCCUUAUUGCUAUCAUAUGUAUGAGUAUCCUGGGGUGUAUGCGGAGUGUACCCUCCUCUGUCAGAAUUGUAAAAGGGCCUUUCAGGGUGUGGUGAUUUCACCACCGCCAAUUGUGAAUGGGCAAGAGUGUUACUUCUAUUGCUGGGGAUUUUUUCCAUUGGGCGUUUCAAUGGAAAAUAUGAAGAAAAAUAGGAACCUAGCUUCUAUUUGGACCCCAUUUUCGCCUAUGUUUAGUUGCCCUCCAAUGCGGAAUGAGAAUGAUGUGGAUAAAAAGGGUAAACGGAAGGCUUCGGCUCCUAGGGUAUAUGUUGAAGAUGAUGAGGUUUUUGUGGAACUGUCAGACUCAAGUGAGUCCGAUGUUGAUUGGCAGGAUGAUAGAUCAAGAAGGAAGAAUAAAGUGACAAAUGUGCAAGGAAGGAGUGCCAGUGAAACGCCCAAAAAAGUGAUGAAUGUAAAUACCGAAAUUGCACAAGUUAAAGCAAAAAAUGCGAAUGCAGAAGAUGAAUUUGUACCUCCAAAAGGAAGUGAGAUGCCGAAUAAGUCAGUGAGUGAGUCGAGUAAGAAAGGAGGAGCUGCAGCUAAUGCUCGGAAGCGACCUGGGGCUGUUGCGAAGAAUUUUGAGAAGUUGGAUUUGAAUGUGGAGUUUAGCAAUGAAGUUGAAGAGCCCGCACCAAGCAUGAAUAAGGAAAAUGGACCAGGACCAGGACCAGGACGCGGGGAGGAUGUUAACAUUGAAGGGAUUGGCUUUUUUGAGGGUCUCGAUGAAUUCCUAAACAGCCUUCCAAUUCUUAAUGUCGUAGGGGACGACAAGGUUGUCAAAGCUGCUUAAUGAAACAAGACUCCUUUUUGUUGCAAUUUGUAUUGAUGAAAGGGUUGUCAAUGCUGCUUAGUGAAACAACUCCUUUUUGUUAUAUAAUUGUACUUGCCGACAGGAUUGUUGAGGCUCGCUUGUGAUGUAAGAAUCUUUUUGUUGUGAAUUAAGCUUUUUAGUAAUGAAUGAUGAAGACAAACUUUGGUAGUUUUCUUAAUAAUUUUACUGUUAUCAAUUUAA